UUACAGAGCCUGGCAUACUCGACUGACAGGCUUCGACUUCUUAUGCAGAGCGGAAUUGAUAUAAAUAUUCUGACGCUUCAAACCAAAAACUCCGAAUGGAUGAGAGCAUUCGGAGAAGACCAUGGUCGAGUCGUGGCGUUUCUGCCAGUAGGAGAAAGCAUUAUCUCGAGAUACUCUCACUGUUUCAGGAUCCGGGAUAUAGAAAAGAUUCGAAGCGCCGUUAUGUACCAAGAACCACAAGCUGGGGUAAGUACUAUCAAGGAUCUUGUGGACGUCAACAAGGUUACCAUCUCCCCAAAUGGCCAAUAUCUUGUGUCCGAGGACGAAACCUGCGUCCACCUCUGGUGUCUCUCGGAUGAUACGUACGAGGGAUGUCUGGCUGUCCAUUUUGAUACUAUUGGGACGCCUGAUGAUGUAAAGAUACUGAGCUUCUCAUCAGAUAGCGAGUCUCUCAUGUUGUGUACCAAGAACAUGGUUUACGUAUGGACACUGAGGAAAAUCCGACACCCGGA